AUGCCCCCCCCCCCUAUUUAUCAACUCAAUCCCAAACAAGAGCAAGACACGAUGGCCCUCACAAACAUCCCACACAUCAACCUCCUCUGCAUGGAAGAGCGCUUCAUCGACGCCUUCCAACGUGCUCUGGCCCAACACUGGCCGGAAACCAACACCACCCCCAAACCCACCAUCACCAUCCUCAAUACCUCCCUCCGCCAAGUCCCAUCCAGCACAAAGUUCGACCUCAUCGUCUCACCAGCAAACUCCUACGGCCGACUCGAUGGCGCCUUUGAUGACGCCAUAUCCCGCGUUUUCUGCCAGCCCCCAAAGCACGAAUACAACACUCUCACCGAGGCAACGCAGAAAGUCCUCUACAAGCAGUGGAGGGGUUUCGCGCCCCCAGGGACAUGUACCCUCGUCCCCUUUCCGGAUGAACUAAUCGGGGAAAACGGAUGGGGCUGUCGCUGGGUGGCGAUUUGCCCCACCAUGCGGUACCCGGAUCGGGUCACUUGGGACCGCGAGAUCGUGUAUGAGUGUGUGUGGAGUCUGUUGUGCCAGGUCGAGGGGUGGAAUCGCGGCUGCAAGAAAGAGAAGCGGAUUGAGUCCAUUCUGAUUACCCCACUGGCGACGGGGGUGGGAAAGGUGAGUGCGGCAAAGUGGGCGGCGCAGUUUGUGCUGGCGAUGAGGCAUUUUGUGGACGCUUUGAGGAGGCCCCAGAGAUGGGCUGCUUUGAGCUGGGGCGAUUUGACGGCGGAGGUGGAGGAGGUCAAGACAACGUGGGAAUUAAAGAGAGACGGGGGCAUACUCGGCCAAAUGUGGCCGGAACUGGAUGCAUCAUGGUAUCCAAAUUCAAGGACUGUAAUGGAUAUAUUUGAAAGAUUAAUGGACAUUCCCUGGCUGCCGGAAUUUAUGAUCAGGAAGAAGAGCUCGGACAAAUAA